CUCCCUUAGAGAUAGGGUGAGAAGCCGGUCUCCCGGAGAAAACUUGGAGUAGAGCCGCUUCUACUCCUCAUUGAGAGGGGCCAGGUGAGGUGGCUUGGGUAUCUGGUCCAGAUGCUUCCAGGACGUCUCCCUCGGGAGGUGUUCCAGCAUGUCCCACUGGGGGGAGGCCCCAGGGCGCGCUGGAGAGACUAUGUCUCUCAGCUGGCCUGGGAACGCCUCAAGGUCCCCCCGGAGGAACUGGAGGAAGUGGCCGGGGAGAGGGAAGUCUGGGCAUCUUUUCUCAGACUGCUGCCCCCGCGACCCAGUCCCGGAUGAGCACAAGAAGAUGGACGAAUGGUCACAGUGAAAAGGCUCUAUCGAUGUCACUGUAAUUGAGCACGUGGGAGUGCUAGUGACAGGAGGAGGCAGUAGGCAACACCCACUCAUGGUGUGGCUGCACAAGGUACAAAAAGGCAACUGUCAAGCGUAAAGUUGUCAAAAACUCAGCAGCUGCAACACCAGCACUGAACUCCCUGAUUCCGUCUGAAGGUGAAAGAAAUCUUCACUGAAAAUGCCUAAUUUAAAGGAGAUGUCUGAUAGUAUCAAGACUUAUGAACCUACGGUACCCCAGCUGGUAUCUUCAAAGCUGUUGGCUUGCAUCACGAGCAUCGCUCAUAUCGUAUUAGGUAGUGUGUACUUCGAGGACUGUCCAGUGCAGCACUACAUCCCCAUCUACCUAAUCGUGUCGGGAACCCUUUUUCUGGUGGCGGGGAUUCUGACCUGCCUGCCCUGCAAACGAUGUGGAGAGGAUACCGAGUCUUCCAAGCUAGGCAAAUUCUGCUGUGUCUUGAACACGCUGAUGUUCAUCGGCCUCGUCGGCUGGUUCAUUGCUGGUAACGUGUGGGUUUACUCCAUUUACGAGCCCAUCUACGUCAAGAACGCGACCACCACUGAAGUGUACUGCAACAAAACGCUGUACUUGUAUGCGUUCUGGACCAUGACCAUAACGUACAUCUGCAUCUGCCUCUUCCUCCCUUUGGCGCUGUGCUGCUGUCUCUGUGCCUGCAUUUGUAAUAAGUCUAUGUUUGGGUCUUUUGGAGCCAGGGUUCCCACCAAUCCAGCCCCUUUAUGAUGAAGUUCAGAAAUGUCCUUUUUGGGUUGGAGGAAAAAACAUCUGAAAUGAUUUUUCUCAACAUCUUUAGAAGGUGUUAACUUAAUCUCUAGGGGGAAUUUUUAACAGGUUUUAGAAGAUAUUAGGUGUCGGUGAUGUUCUCAUUCUGGGUCUUCUACCUCUACAGAACACUUGUUUGAUUUAUUUGUGCUUCCUAAAAAAUAUAUAUUCUUCUCUUCAUUUUUUUUUAGCUAAAAUGAUUCAGAUUUGAGAAGAAACAUGUAUGAAACCCUUCUUUCUAAUCAAAAUGUCUUCAAAUUAUAAAAUGUUGACUUUCUGUUUGAUAUUAAAAAGCUUUGUUUGUUUGAAGAUGUCAAACUACAUUAAAGGUGGAAGUUAUUCAAUAAAA